UUCGAUUACUUGUAUAACUGAUCGAUAAUGUCAUUAAGGAUUGAGACAAAUCAUCGUUGUCGAUAAGAGUCGCGUUGUGACGGCUAGUGUGUUCGUGGUUCAAGAGAGACCUAUCAGAAAACCACGGAAAUCAAGAGCAGUCAUCCUAUUGCUUGUGCUACAAAUAUGGUAGAAGGCUGAUUAGAAGAAAUGAUCCAUCACUGCAGUUAUUUGGGAGCAUUACCAAUUGGCCUUUCGUGGCUGAACCUACUGCUAAUUGAGUGGAAAUCAGAAAGCACAGGCUGAAUUUCGAGAAACUGCUGGACGAAGAUGCCUCGAGUCAGUGAAGGUGGAGUAGGUGGAAGGGUGGCUGCAGAACCAGGGGCAGCUGCAGGUGGCGAUGGCAAUGCUGGGAAUGGUCCGCUUCCGGGCGGAGAUAACGUUGGUGGAGGAGCAGGCAACAAUAAUCGUGCUCGUAACAACAACAACCAGAAUCCCCUCAUCAAUGUUAGAGACAGGCUGUUCCAUGCUUUGUUCUUCAAAGCAGCCUUAGCUUAUGCACACACUUUCCCGAGGCCUGUCAGAAGGCUUCUUGAGUUUGUAGUGUUAUUAAAGGCUAUCACCGCUUUUUUUGUGCUGGCAUACAUACAUGUAGCCUUUUCGCGUUCACCCACAAAUUGUCUGGAACACAUAAAAGACGACUGGCCUAGACAGGGGAUUCUUCGUGUUGAAAUACUUCGUAACGGUGCUGAUGACUAUAAUAUCGAGAAGUCAUAUGCAAAAGAGGAGAAACUUAGGCACGAAAACACUGGUGAUUUGAGCAGCAUGUUGGGGAUUCUUUCGAGAGAUGGGUUUGUUAAUAUUGAGCCAUCCGCCGUAGAGGAAGUUGUUCAAGAUCCAAAUGAUGUGUCAGGAGUAGGUUUGAGCAAUAGCAGUUUAGAUGAGAAAAUACUGAGCACAGAAGUUGGCAGCAACAUCCAUACUAUGGAAGAGGAAUCCACUAAACUUAGGAUAACAAAUAUCUCUGAAGACGCUGAGGUUCCAGCUGCUUCUGCUGUUUGGGGUGGGACAUCCUCUGAAUCUGAACAGUUUGUUGUUAACGCAAAUGAAACUCUACAGGAAGAUGACAUGCUGAGCGGUGGCAGAAUAAUUUCUCCGUUGAAAGAAUCUGUAUCCGAAGUGAAGAAACUGGUCCGAGCAGUUCCAGUUUGGCCAGAAGAAGUGUACAUCGUAGAGUAUUCGCUGGAGUACGGGUUCCUGCGUCUUUCGCCUGGAACUCGUCAGAAGCUCAACAUACCCGUGAAGAUCGUGACCUUGGAUGCGAGCAAAGACUCGUGCUUCGGCGACGCUUUCAGCCGCCUCAUCCUGGACGGCUUCCUGGGAUAUGACGAUCUGCUUAUGGCUAGCAUCAAGACUCUUGCCGAGCAAGAGGAUAACAAAGGCUAUCUCAGGAACGUGGUAACAGGAGAACACUACCGCUUCGUCAGCAUGUGGAUGGCCCGCACGUCGUAUCUGGCCGCCUUCUUCAUCAUGCUAGUUUUUACCGUAUCGGUAUCCAUGUUGCUGCGAUAUUCUCAUCACCAGAUCUUCAUCUUCAUAGUUGAUCUACUUCAGAUGCUGGAGUUCAACAUAACCAUCACGUUCCCGGCAGCUCCGCUACUGACAGUGAUCCUGGCCCUUGUCGGGAUGGAAGCUAUCAUGUCUGAGUUUUUCAACGACACGACCACCGCCUUCUACAUAAUACUGAUCGUGUGGAUAGCUGACCAGUACGACGCUGUCUGCUGCCACACUGCUAUUACCAAAAGGCACUGGCUGAGGUUCUUCUACCUGUACCACUUCUCGUUUUAUGCGUAUCACUACCGCUUCAACGGGCAAUACAGUGGACUAGCCCUCGUCACGUCAUGGCUCUUUAUACAGCAUUCGAUGAUCUACUUUUUCCACCAUUACGAGUUGCCAGUGAUUCUGCAGCAGGCCCAGUUGCAACAGCUUCUCUUGCGAAACCAGCAGCAGCAAGCUGCUACAGCUGCUGCUGCGGGUACCGAAGGAAUCCGUCAGCAAGCACCAGUAACUCCAGAGCGUCCGGCAGCUGUCAGCGGCGCUAGGCAGGAGACCAUGAAUUCAUCUCCACCAUCUGGCACUGAUGAGGCCGGUCUGCAGCCGAUGUCAUCGUCAUCACCUCCAGACGUAGCAGCAACUGCUGUUGCUGACGUCUCCAACGUUGUAGGUGAAGGAGGAUCGUUGUCUUCGUCUGCCCUUGACACCACUUCAGAUGAUUUGGUGGUGACGAGUUCUGUGCCAGUUGAUUGUGGAGGGGCAGCGCCACUCCGUUCUUCCUCUGAGGGCAGCGGGGUAAAUAGACAUUCGUCUGUGACUAGAUUGAAUGAUGAUGAUGAUGAUAUUGUAGAGUCAUCAGGUGACCUGGUUCCUGUGGUGAAUACAGAUACGAGGUUUGAGGCCAUUUGGCUGUGUUAG